UGUGUGAGACCCGCACAACAAUAAUUUCAUUUCCUCAACUACCUUCCUCUCCCACCGCACGGACGGCCUACUUCGUCUCGCACGGAGUUCGCCGCCGAGCUUACAAAAAAAAAAAAAAGAGUCUGCCGCCGGACCUGCCAUCCCCUGCCUCCCCUCGUUCCCCGUCCCCUGCCUCCUCCGGCCUUCCUCGCGCGCCGCAGUCUGCUCCUCCGCCCUGCUCCUCCAUGCCUGACACUGUCGUUGUCUCGCGUCUGCCCCCAUCAUCCGUCCACUCUCGAUCUGGAUCUCGCGGUGGAAGUCCCGUGCCUCCCCUCCGCAUGAAGGAGGCAGCAGCAGAGCGGCGGGCGCAGCAUCAUCUGUCGGCAGCGAGGCCGUGGCGGGCGGGAGCGGCGGCGGCGGUGACCAGCCGUCCUCGUGGUCGCGACCGGCGCCGACGUUGUCGACUGCGUCACGGAGUACGCGCGCCGCCAGGGCCGCGGCGUCUGCGUUCUCCAGAAUCGCCCGAACUCCGAUCUCCGCUCCGCCUCCUACCUCUUCCAGCCUUCCUCUCGCGCCGCAGCCUACUCGCCGGGAGAAGGAGUUGGGAUUCCAGACUACGGCGGGAGCACCAACGGCGGGAGAGAGAAGACGAUGGUCCCUGCGAAGGAGCGGGUUCGAUCCAAAGGAGCAGGUUCUCCAUCGAUCCAAGCCCCCAAUGUAUCGUACUCAGUUCCAUCCUCGUAUUAAUUGCAUCGACCCGUCGUCGAACCGCACACUGCGGUUGCUCUUAGAAACAAAACAAUCGGGAGACCAAGGGCCGGUUCCUAAUAAGAGGAUGAAGAUUGAGGCGGCGGCGGCGGAGUUGGUGGGCGGUAGCACCACUACUGCCUCCGAGGCGAAGCAGCAGGGGGACACGGCGGCGGCGGCGGCAGCAGCAGCAGACAGCUCCAGUGCCUUACCUGCUGCAUCCAUUCCUAAUACCACGUCGCUUCCUCCUCGCUGCCAGCCAAUCCACAUGUCAUGCGUCCUGUAAAAGGUCACUUCUUCUCAACUGAAAACCCGGAAGUGUUCCUACUGCACAACUGACUCAUGCUGCAUCUUUUGUUGCACCUAGAUCCUCGUGGAAAUCUUCCUACUCUGGUGAAACUCAAGGACCCGGAUACUGCUGAGAGUGUCGCCAGCUCAAGAGACAAGGCGCUGGUUCGGGAUGCCGCACGCUCAACCGUCAGCGUCUCCUCCAUUGCGCUUGAUGGGAAGGUCACUUACCGAGGGACUGGCAUCUUCAUUGGUUGGAAGGAGAACAAGAAGUGCGCUAGAGUAUUGACUUGUUCUGAAAUUGUACAUGGACUUAAUCCCAACAAUAAGCUACACAUUUGCUUGCCAAAUCGGAGCAUCUUUGAGGGGCAACUUUUGUUCUUCAAUAAGCAUUAUGACAUUGCUUUAUUGGAGAUCUCGUCAGAUUCAGACUUACCUUUGCAGCUCCCCACUUUUGGAUGUAACCCAAACUAUGGUCAGGAUGUUUUCAUUUUGGCUAGGGGCGAAGAGUCUAAUCUGAUGGCCAGGCAUGGGAGGAUCUUGUGGUCUGAAGAUCCAGAAAAUUUAAAUCGCAACCACCUCAUGCUUCUUAGCUGUGAACUUCCUGAGUAUGUCACUGGAGGACCAGUGAUUGAUCAUGAGGGCAGUGUCAUUGGGAUGACAUUCGAUAAUGUUGGUUCACAUGCUAAUAUUUUUGCCAUCUCCACCAUCCUCACAUGCAUUGAAAUGUGGCUGAAGUUCAGUCGUAUUGCUCGCCCCGUACAUGAUUUGAGUUUAAGGACUGUGGAGCUGCUGGAUGUGUCGCUCCAGGAGGUGAUAUCUCUUGAUCACAACAUCAACAAUGGCUACAUUGUAGAUGAGGUAUCAAUUGGUUCUACUGCUGAGAAGCUUGGCAUUAGAAAUGGAGAUGUGAUUGUUUCUCUUGAUGGGCUGUGUGCUCAAACUCUACCUCAGUUGGAAGAUUAUCUUCUCUCUCUUGGUUGGGAUUUCUUGCAGGGAAGUACUGAUUCAAGCUCCACUGUAGAUCUCAAGCUUGAAGUUUAUGAUCUCCUCGAACGUGGUACAAGAAGCAUCUCCUUGCCCGUUGAAUUCUGUGAUGCUUCAGAUUCAGAAUCAGAAUGAGAAAAAUACGAAACCAGCAUACUGUUUAUCAGUGCCGAGGACUUCAUAUGGUGAUGCAACAUAGCGAUGGAACCUUCCCUCUGUCUCAUAUUUCGCUGCAAAAAUAUCAUCCCUUCUAUUUAUAUCCUCCUGGGGAUGUAUGGAUAAGGAUAUUAAUAUUGGCGCACUGUGAACUUAUUGACUGUGUAAUGCAGUAAUUAACUCACUGUUUAGCUAAUCUCUCCUACAUUAGUCCUGCUGGUUGGUAUGUUAUAAUCUCCGGCUACGGUUCUUUGUCAAUGUGCUCAUUUGUAAAUAAAGUUGUGGCCAUGGCUACCUGGCUCCUAUUUGUUCUUCUGUCAGUUAUAGGCCGGCUGUUCAAUCCGGCUUCCUAUUGGUGAGUAAUUGGAAUUGA